GUGGGGCGUGAACAUCCACGUAUUUAGGAAAGGGGGCAGCGUUUCUGAGCAGAGAAUUGUAAGUGCCGGAUGCGCGUGCGUACUACCUCAGGCUCGCGCCUGCGGCUGCGUCACUUUAAAGCGACCUUCAUUUGGACAAUGACGACGGCGGCGCGCGGGAAAGUGUCAUCUUCGCCCGUGCUCUAAAGUAUCGAAUAGGGUUGCCCCGCCAAAGGAAAAGGAAUCAGCGGUACAGCUUCCUCUUAAAGGGACAGUAGCAGGGAACGUUGGCGGCCUUCGUAAAGCGGAAGGUGCCUCAGCUGCGGUUUGGAGGGAAGAAGGAAAGGGGACGGAGUGCAGUUGUUUCUGUGUACCUCCCUGGUGCUAAACAGCAUAGACGAACGACAGCAUCAGUGCAAUGUUCCCUCCGUAAGCCUGUAUGAUCAUUACAGGCCAGCACAGUGAGCGCACAUAAAACAAAGCAGCAGGCCAGGACAAUGACAGUGAAGAGCAGCAGCCUGCAGUGGGUGGAAAAGUUUUCUGUCACAGCAUACUGGUAUCAUCUCCUCCUGGACCUGCUGCUACUGUUAAAACCAGCUGGAUAAAUGGAGCAAGAGUGCUUGGCUCUUGUUGCUGCUUGUGUUCAAACUUCUCAGUUGCUAGUGCAACAAUGGAUGCUGAACAGGCGUACUGUGGUAUUUGCCAUAGCAAGGAUUCUUCAGCGGAGACGCUUUCGACGGUCAGCUGCAGUGCUGAGGCGCAUCCUCUCAGCUAGUGUCCGUCGUAAGAGAGCCCUGCUACGGCUUCAUCGCAAUGCUAUAGUGUCUGUGGUAACUAUGGUGUAUUCAUCUUCACCAGCACUGCAUUAUGAGCACGAGCUGAUGGCCCUGUCAGAGCGAUCACACUGGAUGCUCCCCAGAUGUAGCGAAUGGUGGGAGCGAAUGAUUUCUUCAGAACAGGAUGAUAAGUGUUGGAUUUCUUUAUUCAGAAUGUCACGCUCCACACUGAUGUAUAUUGCUGAGGAGUUGCGUCCUGCCUUACAGCGUCGAGACACAGGCAUGAGGUCACACAUUCCUGUUGAGAAAAGGGUGGCCAUGACCAUUUGGAAACUCGCGCAUCAUGACAGUUACAAGACUGUCUCGGAGCUUUUUGGAGUGGGAAUUUCAUCAGCCUGUUCAAUCUUUGAAGAAGUCUGCGAAGAAAUAAAUAGUCGGCUCCUGGCCCAAACAAUUUUGUUGGGCGAUCCACAAGAUAUUAUGGAAGGCUUCAAGGAAAUGGGCUUUCCCAACUGCCUAGGUGCGGUUGAUGCAAUCCACAUCUCCAUCCUCUGCCCUCCCUUCUCUGCUGAUUCCUACAUUAAUUGCAAAGGGUUCUAUUCAAUGGUGUUGCAGGCGCUAGUAGAUAGCAAAUCUCGCUUUACUGACAUUUAUGUUGGGUUUCCAGAGAGAUCCCAUGAUUCCCGCAUCUUGCAUAACUCUCCUUUUUUCAACAGCAUGGAUGAAGGCACAUUUGGUCCACAAACUCCAACAGUACUAGAAGGGGUUUCAAUGGCUCCUGUUGUCAUUGGAGAUCAUGCCUACCCACUUCGCCCCUGGCUAAUGAAACCAUAUCCAGCACCAAAAACUGAGGCCCAAGAAAAGUUCAACGAUAGGCUUGCCAAAUGCCGAACGUGUGUGGAGAGAGCUUUUGGAGUCUUGAGAGCUCGCUGGAGAUGUUUGCAAAUGAGACUGGAUGUGAGAGAGAAGCUCAUUCCUGUGGUCAUAUCUACAUGUUGCAUCUUACACAAUGUUUGUGAGAUCAAAGGGGAUGAGUUGCUAGAACCAUUAGAGAGUCCUACAGCUGGUGAUACCCAGAAUGCUUCAGCCAGGCCAAGGGUGCCACUGUCAGAAGCUGGACUUACUAAGAGAGCUUGCCAGAUCAGGGCUGCAUAUUGUUCCUAUUUUGAAAAGAACCCUCUCUAGAACAGACUCUUUUUGCCCAAGUAAUCUCAAUGUGUGUAUAGCCUCAUUAUAUAAUGAUACAAUAUUAUUACACUGAUGUAUACCACAGAGUAAUUGAUUUUUUACAAUAAAAUAAAAAAAUAUGAGAAUGAA